AGGAGCUGGUGGUGAAAGGUGCUGGGGGAGAAGCAGUGGGACAGGAAAGUGGCAGCGCCUGGGAAGGAAGAAGAGGCACGCAGAGCUCCAGGAAAGAAAUUCAGUUGCAUGCCAGCUGGUAGCAGAGUUCCUGAAAAACUGUCUGGGAGCCGGAGGUGGUGGCACACACCUUUAAUCCCAGCACUCGGGAGGCAGAGACCACAGGAGCCCCAGCAACAUGGCAGUCAGUGACUUGGAGCAGGAGGUGCGCUCUGUGGGUGAGAGGCUGCUGCUGAAGUUGCAAGGACUGCCCCAGGCAGAGCCUGUGGAGCUUGUGGCCUUCUCCAUCCUCGUCAUUUUCACAGGUACUGUCUUGCUGCUGCUGCUGAUAGCCUGCAGCUACUGCUGCGCACACUGCUGCUGCCCCGAGCGGAAAGGCAGGAGGGUCCAGGUGCGGCCCAUGUCUCCCCCAUGAGGGACAGGAGCAGUGAGAUGCCCGCAAAGAAGGUGGACAAGAGUGUUCCAGAGUUGUGACACACAAGCUGUCAGCCUGGCCCUGCGACCCUCACCCCUCUGGACAAAGAUUGCCUGGCCCCAGCUCUGGCCCUGUCAAGGUCCUGGUACAUAAGAAACCAAAGGCUGAUAGAGGCACAAAACUCCAUUUGCCCGUGGACACUGGGUGCUAAGGAAGAGACAACUGUCACAAGCCACUCAGGUCCUCUGCUAAUCUGCACUUUUUAACAAGACAGGGGACUUGUUAAACAAGUUAACAAGAUAGGGGUCCUCAUACUUUUCUGGGGAACAGCACAUACCUGAGGGGUGCCCUUGGUACUCUGCUGAUUUAUUCCAAAGAGAAGCAAACCAAUCAGGGUGACUUUGUGCAAUAUGUACUGGAUCCUAAAACCCCACCAGAAGGGAAAUGUGUCAGUAUUCUAGCAAGAAUGUGCCUGCUUAUUUCCAAGUAAAAGCUUUCUGGUUAUGUG